GCAGGGAUGGAGCCGCUGGACGAGCUGGACUUACUGCUGCUGGAGGAGGGUGGUGGACCGGAGGCUGCGUCGCGGGAGGAUCUACUUCAGAAGAAGGUGAAAGCUUUCUUUCCUAAGACGGUCCUGAGCCAAGGAGAGGAUAACCGAUACCUGGUGCUAGCUGUGGAGACUGUGCAGAAUGAAAGAGGAGAUGAAGAAAAACGUCUGUUCAUCACUGCGUCGGUGGAACAGGAGCGGGAAGAGCUGUGCAUCCUGAGGAAUGGCUGGUGUUCGGUACCAGUAGAGCCCGGGGACAUCAUUCAUUUAGAGGGAAACUGCACAUCGGAGACUUGGAUAAUAGAUGAUGACUUUGGAUAUUUUAUUCUGUACCCAGAUAUGCUGAUCUCUGGCACAAGUGUCGCCAGUAGUAUUCGGUGUAUGCGAAGAGCUGUCCUGAGCGAGACUUUCCGGGUCUCUGAUCCAGCCACUCGACAAAUGCUGAUUGGUACAAUUCUCCAUGAAGUGUUUCAAAAAGCCAUAAGUGAGAGCUUUGCCCCAGAAAAGCUGCAAGAGCUUGCUUUUCACACUCUCGAAGAAAUAAGGCAUUUGAAGGAAAUGUAUCGAUUAAAUCUGAGUCCAGAUGAAAUAAAGUGUGAAGUUGAGGAGUAUCUUCCUUCCUUUUCUAAGUGGGCUGAGGACUUCAUGCAGAAGGGCCCUUCCACUGAAUUUCCUCAAAUGCAGCUCUCCCUGCCAAGUGAUGGUAGUAACAGAAAUUCAUCUUGUAACGUUGAAGUAAUAAAGUCACUGGAUAUUGAAGAAAGCAUUUGGUCCCCUAGGUUUGGAUUGAAGGGCAAAAUAGAUGUUACAGUUGGUGUCAAAAUACAUCGAGAUUGUAAAACAAAAUAUAAGAUAAUGCCGCUGGAGCUUAAAACUGGCAAAGAAUCAAAUUCUAUUGAACAUCGAAGCCAGGUGGUCCUGUACACAUUGCUAAGCCAGGAGAGACGAGAGGACCCCGAGGCUGGCUGGCUUCUCUACCUCAAGACCGGGAGGAUGUACCCUGUGCCCGCCAACCAUCUGGACAAAAGAGAACUGCUGAAGCUCAGGGACCAGCUGGCACUCUCCCUGCUGCACCGUGUGAGCAGAGCUGCUUCUGGUGGGGAGGCACGGCUUGCUUCCCUUCCACAGAUAGUCGAGGAAGAGAAAACGUGUAGAUAUUGUUCACAGAAGGGCAACUGUGCUCUUUAUUUCAGAGCAGUUGAAGAACAAGUGGAUGACACUUCUGUCCCAGAGGACAUGCUGUUCAAAAUCCAAGAAGAAACACGGCAUCUGAAGCCAACACACUUGAAGUAUUUCAGUCUGUGGUGUCUCAUGUUAACCUUGGAGUCACAAUCUAAAGACAACAGUAGAAAGAAUCAUCAGAAUGUCUGGUUAAUGCCUGCUUCUGAAAUGGAGCAGGUUGGCAACUGCAUUGGGAACCUGGUCCAGAUGCAGCCUAUGAAGAGAGUUUGUGAUGGACAGUACUUAUAUAACUUUCAGCGGAAAAAUGGUGCCAUGCCAGCCACCAAUCUGAUGGCAGGUGACAGGAUUAUUUUAAGUGGAGAAGAGAGAAAGCUAUUUGCUUUGUCUAAGGGCUACCUGAAGGAGAUUAACACAGUAGCAGUAACCUGCUUGCUAGACAGGAAUUUGUCAACACUUCCAGAUACAACAUUGUUCAGAUUAGACCGUGAAGAAAAAAAUUGUGAUACAGAUACCCCAUUAGGAAAUCUCUCUAAAUUGAUGGAAAACACCGACACCAGCAAAAGACUCCGAGAAUUAAUCAUUGAUUUCAAGGAACCUCAGUUUGUACCCUACCUCAGUUCCGUUCUUCCACAUGAUGCAAAGGAUACAGUGGCCAACAUCCUAAAGGGUUUGAAUAAGCCUCAGAGGCAAGCAAUGAAGAAAGUACUUCUUUCAAAAGACUACACACUCAUUGUGGGGAUGCCAGGAACUGGAAAGACAACUACGAUAUGUGCUCUUGUAAGGAUCCUCUCUGCCUGCGGCUUCAGUGUCCUGUUGACCAGCUAUACACAUUCUGCUGUUGACAAUAUUCUCUUGAAGUUAGCCAAGUUUAAAAUAGGAUUUCUGCGCUUGGGUCAGUCUCAUAAGGUCCAUGCAGAUAUCCAGAAGUUUACAGAGGAGGAGAUUUGCCGAUCAAGAUCCAUUAAGUCCCUAGCCCUUCUAGAAGAACUCUAUAACAGUAAUCUGAUAGUUGCAACGACCUGUAUGGGAAUAAGCCAUCCAAUAUUUUCACGGAAAACCUUUGAUUUUUGUAUCGUGGACGAAGCCUCUCAAAUUAGUCAGCCCGUUUGCCUGGGCCCCCUUUUUUGUUCUCAGAGGUUUGUGUUGGUGGGUGACCAUCAGCAGCUUCCUCCCCUGGUUCUAAACCAGGAGGCAAGAGCUCUGGGCAUGAGCGAGAGCUUGUUCAAGCGGCUGGAGCGGAACAAGAGCGCUGUAGUACAGUUGACAGUGCAGUACAGGAUGAACAGUAAGAUUAUGUCCUUAAGCAAUAAACUCACAUACGAAGGGAAGCUGGAAUGUGGUUCAGACCGAGUGGCCAAUGCAUUGAUAACCCUGCCCAACUUCAAAGACGUCAAGCCGAACCUGGAGUUUUAUGCCAAUUAUUCUGAUAACCCCUGGCUGGCUGGAGUGUUUGAGCCAGACAAUCCUGUUUGUUUUCUUAAUACAGAUAAGGUCCCAGCUCCAGAACAAACUGAAAAUGGUGGUGUGAGCAAUAUCACAGAAGCCAGACUGGUUGUCUUUCUAACCUCAGUUUUUAUUAAGGCUGGCUGCAGUCCCUCCAAUAUUGGUAUCAUCGCACCAUACAGGCAGCAGCUGAGGACCAUCACUGACUUACUGGCACGCUCUUCUGUCGAGGGGGUCGAAGUUAACACGGUAGACAAAUACCAAGGAAGGGACAAGAGUCUCAUCCUGGUGUCCUUCGUUAGGAGUAAUAAGGAUGGAACUCUUGGUGAGCUCUUGAAAGAUUGGCGACGGCUCAAUGUGGCGAUAACCAGAGCCAAACACAAAUUGAUCUUGCUGGGCAGCGUGUCCUCGCUGCAACGUUUCCCUCCUUUGGAGAAGCUCUUUCACCAUCUAAACACAGAGCAGUUAAUCGUGGACCUUCCAUCAAGGGAACACAAGAGUCUCUGCCACGUUCUGGGUGAUUUUCAAAGAGAGUGAAUCCCACACUCCUGCCUCCAGUGUCACAGGCAUUGGUGUGUCACCUGAUGUUCCAGCUUGGGAACGCCACACUUAAACUGUGAGGAUGACUUUUGGGUAAAAGGUACAAAAAUGAAGUGACUGUAUUCUUUUCAGAGUUCCAGAUUUUUCUUUUCUUUUUCAUUAGUGUAAUCUUGUUAAACAUGAGAUUCUGUCAUCACGUAAAAUUUUACUCUAAAAGUACUGGUGAACUCCAAACUGAAAAGUCUAAAUUUGUAAGUACUUUAAGU